AUGGAAGAUGACCAGAUUCAUGAGUUGAAACAAAUGCAUGCAUCUGCAACAGGUUCAAAAAAAACAGAGAGAAUCGAUUGGAUGUAUGAAGGUGCAUUUGGAUUGCAACAACAGAUGAUACAGAAAGCAGAUGAUGCUACAGACAAGUCGGCGACAUCGAGUGACUUCUUGCUAGGAAAGAGGAUAGAAGAUAGUCAAGACAAUCAAAUGAAGCGAUUACAAACAGUACCGGGUGCACUCUUCUUGCAGCAAUCGAAUUCCGCCAACUCUGAACAAGACAACAAGGCAAGAGGUAGAGAAGAUCCACAAGCAUUGAUCCUUAGGAAACAAAAAGAAGCAUUGGAUAAGAUACUUCAAAAUCCCGUUGAGAUGAAGAAACUAGAGAAACAGAAAAAGAGUGAAACAGAAAAGAUUCUAAAGAAAUUGAAAAAGAAAGAAAAGAAAGAAAAGAAAGAAGAGAAACGAAAGAGAAAAGAAGAGAAACAAAAGAGUAGAGAGAAUGGAACACAUUCACAUUCAGAUGACGAUGAAUUUGAAAAAGAUAAACAACGCAACAACAAAGACGAUAAAGAUAGUAGUAGUAGCAGUAGUAAGAAAGAAUCAUCAAAGAGUAAUCAUAUUGAUAAUGAUCUGAGAGAUAGAGAAAGAGACAGAGAUAGAGAUAGAGACAAUAAAGACGAGAGAUAUCGGGAUAGAGAUCAUAGAGAUGAUAGAGAAAGGGAUAGAGAUUCUAGAAGAGAUGAUAGAGAAAGAAAUAGAGAUAAAAAAGACGAGAGAUAUCGGGAUAGAGAUCAUAGAGAUGAUAGAGAAGAACGAUAUAGAAAUAGAGACCACAGAGAUGAUAGAGAAAGAGAUAGAGAUUCAAGAAGAGAUGAUAGAGACAGAGACCACAGAGAUGAUAGAGAAAGAGAAAGAGAUAGAGAUUCAAGAAGAGAUGAUAGAGAAGAAAGGUAUAGAGAUAGAGACCACAGAGAUCAUAGAGAUUCAAGAAGAGAUGAUAGAGAAGAAAGAUAUAGAGACAGAGACCAUAGAGAUGAUAGGGAUAAUAGAGAUAGUAACAGAGAUAGAGAUUCAAGAAGAGAUGAUAGAGAAGAACGAUAUAAAGAUGAUAGAAAAGUUCAUAGUAACUCACUCAAGAGAGACAGAGAAUCAGAUACCAAUAGCAAUGGUCAUAAUAAUCAAGAUAACGAUAGAUACAAGAGAAAUAAGAUGAAUGAAGAAGAGAAACAAAAGAAAUUAGAGGAAAUGAGAAGAAAUGCCCUGGAAAGAGAAGCUGAACGAAAGAAAGAAUCAGUCGAACAUUCUGAAAAGCAAAGUAAAGAAGAUAUCGAAUUGAAAUCUCUAGAGACAAGAGGUAAAACAUUCUUUGACGAUAUUCAUAAAGAUGUUUAUAACGAUUCAGGUCUAGGUGAUAGAAUGAAGAGAAAUAAAUUCUAUCUAAUGAAAGAAUAG